AUAUAUAUGUAUAUGCGGCUGUGUGCGGUGGUGAUUUGAUCGGUUCUGCGGGCUGAAUCCUGUCACAUCGGUUGGCUCAGCCUCUGAUGUCACAGAGUGCGGCGCGGGUUUCCAGUGCGCAGCGUCGGGGACGCAGCCGUGGCACAGGCAGCGAAUUGUCUCCUCGUCAACACACGCAAUUAUACCCAGAAACCUUUUGUUUGCUCGGGCAUCCGGAUUUUAGUCUGUGGUCGAGCAUCCCGCCUCCUAAACGGCGUUGUUGAAUUGACAGGAACUUUUGUUGGAGCAGAAAGAAGAACAGACAGCAGCCCGGUCCGGUGGCAGCAGAGUUCAGCACCAUGGACAGCAGCGUGGUGCACAUCUACAAGGAGGACAGGUGUCCCUCGGGCCAGAUGGAGGACUGUUUCCAAAACUUCACCUGGCAAAGCGGCUCGUCGGACAUCUUCAACAACACGCACAACGGCACCUGGGACGCGGAACCCGAGCCCAUGUCGCCCAUCAUUCCCAUUAUAGUGGCCGUGUACUCCGUGGUGUUUGUGGUGGGCUUAGCGGGAAAUUGUUUGGUGAUGUUUGUCAUUGUCAGAUACACCAAAAUGAAAACCGCCACCAACAUCUACAUCUUCAACCUGGCCGUAGCCGACGCGCUGGUCACCACCACCAUGCCCUUCCAGAGCACCGACUACCUGCUCAGCUCCUGGCCCUUUGGCGAGGUGGUGUGCAAGGUCUUCAUCUCCAUCGAUUACUACAACAUGUUCACCAGCAUCCUCACCCUGACCAUGAUGAGCGUGGACCGCUACGUGGCCGUGUGCCACCCCGUCAAGGCCUUGGAUUUCCGAACGCCCGUCAAGGCCAAGAUCAUCAACGUGGUCAUCUGGGUGCUGUCGUCCGCUGCGGGGAUCCCCGCCAUGGUGCUCGGCAGCACCAAGACCAAUAACGGGACCACAGAGUGUGCCCUCCAGUUCCCCGACCCCUACAGCUACUGGGACACCCUGAUGAAGAUCUGCGUGUUCAUCUUCGGCUUCGUCUUGCCCGUCAUCAUCAUCACCGUCUGCUACACGCUGAUGGUCCUGCGGCUGAAGAGCGUGCGCCUGCUGUCCGGCUCGCGCGAGAAGGACCGCAACCUGCGGCGGAUCACCCGCCUGGUCCUGGUGGUGGUGGCCGUCUUCGUGGUGUGCUGGACGCCCAUUCACAUCUUCGUCCUGGUCAAGGCCCUGUACGGCAAGGUGCCGGAGACCACCGCCGUCAUGGCGGCGUACUUCUUCUGCGUGGCGCUGGGCUACACCAACAGCAGCCUCAACCCCAUCCUCUACGCCUUCCUGGACGAGAACUUCAAGAGGUGCUUCAGGGAUUUCUGCUGCCCCGGCGCCCAGGGACACAGGGACUCCCACGGGCUGAGCCGAGUGAGGAGCACCCUGCGGGAUCACUCGUGUCCCACGGAGGGCCGGGGAGGCACGAGGCGCGCCAGGCCCGUAUGACUAGCCAUGGACUCGGCCUCCAUGCCCUCUCAGAUCUGCGAGGACUCCAAUGACCUGGGAUUGACUCAGAUCACCACCUGAGGGGCAGACCCGAAGCCGGAGCUGGCUGGGGUGUAUUUGUUGGUGGGAGAAGCCGAAAGCUUCAAUUGGUUCAAGGUUCAAUUGGAAGAUUUGUCUCAUUAACUAAUUCUAUGAAAAGACCAAAACAUCACAGAAGUGAUACUAACCAGUGAUAAGUUGAUGCAGAUGAAGCUCGUUCAUAUGACCAUGAGGAAGGAGGAGGAUUAGAUUCUGGUAUUAAUGCUUUUUGUUUAACUUGUAGGACGUUUUAGCGCUUACUAAAGUCUCAUUGGGUUAAUUUAUAAAAAACAGGUAAAUGGGGCCCAUUUACUAAGGGGAACCUGCUUACAAUGCCGACAAUUGUGUAUACAAUAUUAUAGACAAUGUGCAUACUAUUGAAAAAACUAACAUGUUGUUGUUGUUGUUUUAUUAAUGGGAUUUGUUGAAAAAAUAUAGUGUAAGACCAGAGUGAUACUAAAAUUAAAAGAUGCAUCUUAUCACAACCCGCUAAAUCACUGAAUAUUCUUUAAUGUUGUAUAAAGCUGAACUAUAACUCAAAAAAGGUAUUUUGUUACAUGUUAUUUCACAUAUAUGUUCAACAUGAAAAUGUGUCCAGACGGGACAAACCAACAGUAUUUCAUUGUGUAAAUUGAUGACAUUUUAUUCACCUGACCUGUAGGGUGUCAACAAUGGUGAUAUGACCAUUGUUUUAAACCUGUUUUAUGUGAAUUGUGGUUUGGUGAAUCUGUAUUAUUGUAGAAUGUAGUGGAUCUAUUAACCUCUCAGGGAUCAUUCUCUGUAUUUCACCACAAGAAGAGACAAAGUCAGUGUAAUUUUCUUCUAGGCAAGACGGCUGUUUUUUAACGGGGCUGAACACUGAGCUCGGUGUUUCUCUUAGAUGCAUCUUGUGCUUUGAGAAACCAUCAUUAUGAUAUCACAUCUGGCUCUUUAUGGGUUUCCAGCCUUGAUGCUGCUCUCAUCCGGGAGGUGUCAACUAUUGUAGAUAGUGCUGCCAUCCUGGCAGUGUUUUUGUCUGAUACACUACUAAAUGUGAAAAGCGGGUAACGGGGCUCCAUGAGAAUAACACACUGUAUCUACACGACACGUCGCUGGAUGUUUAGUCAAGUUGUUUAUCCAGUGAACCUGUGCUCGUCAAAAGAAAAAAGAAAAAUGGAUUCACGAGUUCAUCCUCAAGGUAAAAUAGCUUUUACUUCAGCAAAAACCAACGGGACUUAUUUACUGUCGUGGUUUCCUUAAUCGUUGUAGCUUUUAUAGUCUGUGGAGGAGAAACCCACUAAUUUGUUCAUGUAAAUCUGAUAAAAAAAGGUGUUUUUGUGCCUGAUUUUGUGUGCCUGGUCUUAUUUGACCUCUAGCUGUUAUGCCUGCUCGAAAAAGAUCCGCAUUUAGCCACAUCCAUGGUUGGGAUUACUUUUGGAAAUCCUUUGGUGUAAGCGUUGUAGCAUCCUCUCUAUAAACGGAAGCUGAGUAUGAAUCCCUUUUGGUAACACAACGUGUUUCCUAACUGUUCUUCUAAUACUGUUAUUUAUUUGAUGGAAAUGAUUGUAUCGAAAUGAUGGAAUUCAGCCCAGGUUUGAGCACCAAAUACUGUGCGUACAUUGUACUGCUGCAUUGUAAACGAACUGUGUCGGCUGGAUUCCUUGCCGUAUGUUUCAGCUCUGAAAGUAGAACCUCGCUUCGCACACGUGCAACAACGUCACAAUAAAGCUUG